AUGCCAGAGUACAGUGGUCGCGGGCGCUCGCUAGUCUGGCAAGCGGGCGUGGAGACGGCGCAGUUCGGGGCGCGCGCCCGAGAGCCCGAGAAAUUGACGGGCAUUCAGGUCUCGCCAGGCGCGGAGUCCGGCAGUGCGCGCGCCGAGGGCGAAAAGCCUCCGCCCGAGCCCAUCGCCUCCUACCGCGAGUCCUUCCAAUUGUUGACGCGUUUCUUUGUAGUGAUCCCUGGGAUGCCUGUCGCCUUCUCCGCGCUCUUCAAGCAGCUCAGCGCCAGCGAUAGCGGUGGCGUGCAGGUUUCCGGCGAUGUCAUGCUCGAGAUGCUGUACAUCAUGGUCGUCCUCGGCCUGGCCUCGUUCCUGGGAAUGUGGAUCUCGAAUUGGGGCAUCGACACGGUGACGUCACAGCAGGUGCUCCAGUACAAGUCGUCGUACCUCAAGGCGGUGCUGCGGCAGGACGCCGGCUGGUACGACACGAGCCACCCCGAAGAGCUCGCGACCCGAUUUGCGGAGUCGAUGGUCAAGGUGCAGAAAGGCUUCAAGAGCUUGCCGAUGGUCUUCAUGGGGCUGGGCUACGGCAUCGGCGCGAUGGUCCUGGCAUUUCUCCCCCAGUACGGGCAUCCAGCCGUGGCGGGUGUCACCAUCGCCGCCGUGCCCCUGCUGGCAUGCGCCGGGAUGGCGAUGAUGUGUUUCGCCGAGAACGGCUCGAAAUUGGUCGGGAAUGCUUAUGCCAGCGCGGGUGGUAUUGCAACCGAGUGCCUCUUCUCGAUGCGCACGAUCACCUCCCUCGGCAUCGAGAGGGAGUACGAGAAACGGUGCGCCUCCUCGCUGCAUGGCGUCUGGAAGGUCACUGUGACCGCCACGAUGAUGUUCAUGAUGUUCGCUGGCCUCGCUCUCGCGCCCUACCUUGUGAUGAUGAUUGUCGCGAUCGUCUUCGGCGCCUUCCAGCUCGCCAGCGAGGUUGAGCAGUCGGAGUUCCCGCUGGUGGUGCCGGACUCGAACGGGACCUACCACUACUGCGGCGACGGCACGACGGGCGCGUGCGCUGGCACCGGCGACUCGCCCUGCGACACGCCGUUCUUCAUGUCGUGCGCUCUCGCCAACUACCUCUCCAUCGAUGAGGCGGGCCUGGAGGCCCUGGGCUUCAGCAGCAAGGAUAGUUUCGAUGAGUACGUAACAGACGCAAGCUACGCCCCGGGGCCAUACCUGUCGGACAAUGAUUAUUAUUACAACUGCGAGUGGGGCGGCACCAACAUCCUCAUCGCCAUCUUUGCUGUUACGAUGAUGGUCGAGGGCUUCGGCAUGGCCGGCGAGCCGUUCGGAAAGUUGCAGGUUGCGCGACAGGCCGCGGCUAAGGUCUUCAAGAUCAUCAACCGCGCCCCCACCAUCGACUCCUUCAGCGAGGAGGGCGAGAGGCUGGCGAAGGUGAACGGAGAGGUCGAGCUGAAGGAGGUCAAGUUUGCGCACCCGUCGGCGCCCGAGCAUUUCGUAUGCAGCGGGCACUCGCUGCACAUUCCGGCUGGUUCGACGGCGGCGUUACGCGGCCCGUCGGGCUCGGGCAAGUCGACGAUCAUCCAGCUGAUCGAGCCCUUCUACGACCCGGUCGAGGGCGUCGUGUGCUUGGACGGCGUCGACGUCAAGAUGCUCAACGCGCGCUGGCAUCGCUCGCAGAUCAGGCUGGUCUCCCAAGAGCCAGCACUCUUCCAGGGCACAGUCGCCGAGAACAUUGCACACGGCAAACUCGCGGGGGAGGCGACGAAAGAAGAGAUUGCAGAGGCCGCGACCAUGGCCAACGCGCACGAGUUCAUCAGCGCAAACCUCGACGAGGGGUACGCGACACAGGUUGGCCAGGGCGGCAGCAAGCAAUCGGACGGGCAGAAACAGCGCAUCGCGAUAGCGCGCGCGCUCAUCAAGAAGCCAGCGAUCUUGCUGCUUGACGAGGCGACGUCCGCGCUCGACAACAAGUCCGAGAAGGUCGCCCAGGCGGCGCUCGAUAAUAUCAUGACGAAGCAGAAGCGCACGACGAUCGCGAUCACGCACCGGCUCUCGACGAUCUGGAACGCCGACCAAAUCGCCGCGUUGCGGGAGGGCGCAGUGGUCGAGCAGGACACGCACGACUCUCUGAUGGCGAUUCCCGACGGCCUCUUCCGAAGCCUCUCCGAGAAGCAGGAGGCGCUCCUUGCCCAGGACAAGGGGCGGAUGAAUGCCGCGUCCUCCCCGGCGGAGCUGGGCCCCGCAGAUGCGCUCUCGGCGGCGAGCCCUGCCGCGGUGGGCGUCUCUGAGGCGCCAGGGCCAGCGGCGGCCGCCGCGGUGGAGGACGGCGACGGCGGCGGCGAGGCCAGCAAGGCCAACGCGGAGAAGACGCCCGUCCUCCGGGUCGUGCGGACGCAGGGCGACCAGUGGGCGCCCUUGCUUCUGAUGGUCGUCUUCUCGGGCGGCGCGGCGGCGCUCUCGACGUGCGCCUUCUACGAGAUGGUCGUCGUGAUGAACGUCGUGCUGGAGACGGAUCCUGGCCGCAUGCGCAAGGGCGCUGUGCGGCUCUCGAUGCGGCUCGGGCUCUACACGGUCGCGAUGACCCCGUCGUUCACGCUCUCGGGCUUCUUCAACGGCCUGGUUGGCUCGUCGCUCACCGCCGAGCUGCGCUCGCGCGGCAUCACCGCGUUCAUGCGGCAGGAGAUCGGGUUCUUCGACCUCGAGGAGAAUUCGGCAACCGAGCUCACGGCCUUCCUCGCAGAGAAGGUCGACAUGGUCAAGACCAUCACGGCCGAGUCCUUCGACCUCGUUGCACAGCUCAUCGGCGGGGUCACUGUGCUUCUGGUUAUCGUCGUGCUCCAUCCGGACUGGCGUUUGUUGCUCGCGUGGAUCGGCAUGAUCGUCAUCAUGGGCGCGACGAUUCCGCUGCAGCAGGCCUUCCUGAUGGGCGGCGACACCGAGAGCAUGAAGAAGGGCGAUGAGAGCAAGCCGAAGAUUGCAAUGGCGCAAGCCUCCGCCAACAACAUCGUUGGUGAGGCGGUGACCGGCAUUCGCACUGUCGCCUCGUUCAACCUGGAGCACCGCUUCUACGAUGGGUACACCUCGAAUUCCUCCACCGGUUCGUCGAUUCAGAAGAGGAGUGCGUGCCUCUGUGGCUUCCUCCUCGGCUUUGCGAACUUGGUGAUGUUGGUUGCUGUAGCUCUCAUAUUGUAUUACUCUGUGUGGCUUGCCAAUCAGGGGAUUCUCACCUUCACCAAGGCCAUUGCACCGCUCGUGGCGGUGAUGGGCGCGAUGGUUCCGAUGAUCAAGGCAAGCUCGCUGAACGACUUGCCGCAGGCGGCGACCGCGGCGGCGCGCCCGUUCAAGGUCUUCGACCGGGUGCCGCUCAUAGACAGCCUCGACGAGUCAGGCACGACGCUGCCGACGGUGGCGGGCAAGGUCGAGCUGAAGGAUGUCAUGUUCGCGUACCCGUCGGCGCCCGAGCAUCUCGUGCGCAAUGGGUACUCGAUGGUCGCGCCCGCGGGUAAGACGGCUGCGCUGCGCGGCCCGUCGGGCUCGGGCAAGUCGACGAUCAUCCAGCUGAUCGAGCGCUUCUACGACCCGAUCGAGGGCGUCGUGUGCCUGGACGGCGUCGACAUCAGGACGCUCAACGCGCGCUGGCUUCGCUCGCAGCUCGGGCUGGUAUCCCAGGGGCCGGCAGUCUUCCAGGGCACGGUCGCCGAGAAUAUUGCUCACGGCAAGCCAGCUGCAGCUGGAAAGGUGACCAUGGCAGAGAUCGUGGAAGUUGCGAGCAUGACCAACGCGCACGUGUUCGCCACGCAGAACCUCGCCGAAGGCUAUCUUGCAAAUGUCGGCCUCCGGGGGGGCAAGCUGUCGGGCGGCCAGAAGCAGCGCAUCGCGGUAGCACGCGCGCUCAUCAAGAAGCCUGCCAUCUUGGUGCUUGACGAGGCGACGUCCGCGCUCGACAACGAAUCGGAACGCAUCGUUCAGUCGGCGCUCGACGGUAUCAUGACGAAGCAGAAACGCACAACGAUCGCGAUCGCGCACCGGCUCUCAACAAUCAGAAACGCCGACAUGAUAGUCGUUGUCAAUCGAGGGCGCAUCGUGGAAAAGGGUACACACGAGGAAUUGCUGGCUAACGCAGCCACUGACGGCAUCUACGCAAACCUCGUAAUGAGCGCGUGAGGACUGCGUGUCUCGUUCAGCUGCGAUUACAGUGCAGCUAGAGACGUCACUUUCUUAUUAUUUGUCGCACUGGCCUUUGUUGGGUUGCUCCUGAGCAGCGCUAUUUCCCCCUCUGGCCUACCGUGUAAGUAUGAUUGCCCAACCGUAAAAGUCUGUUUCAUGCUGACACAUCAGCGGCGUGUGCUGACUUGCGCUGCGAAGGAACAGAAUGUUUACAUGGGUUAUUGUGAAUGUUGUUUCUGGUGUGCAACACAGAAUGGUCCACGCGCGCGGGCUCGCGCGUGGAGCGUAGCAAGUUAUCCAAAAUUGAGGUCGCCAUGCCGCUUUCGAAAUCGAAAGUAAGUCAACAGAGGUGACCGGUUUGAUUCCCUACCUAGGCUCUGCCUAGAAGUGCUCUUACUCUGUA